AACAAAAAGAUCUCCUUUAAAAGAAACCCUUUCUCUUUUUAAAAAAUAACAAAAUGAAUCAAAUGUUGUCACCCUCCCUUCUGUCAACCCCCUACCUCUGUUUGUCUUUACUUCCUUUCCAAAAACUGACCAUUCUUUCUAGUUCACUAUGAGCCUCCCUCCCUCCCUCCCUCUCCCUCCCUCUUUUAGUCUUAGUGUCUCUCACUCUUUGAUUGCUUCAGUCAAUACAGCUUCAUAGUUGACACCAGGUUUCUCUGAGAGAGAAAGGUCAGUCACUGGAUCUUGCCACGUUCGAACUGGGCUAAGGAGAACAAAUUCAACAAUAGCUGGAAGAAUUUCUAGUGGCAACAGCUUUCAGAGGAUGUGGAGUUUUCAUUCCGACAGUCUGCUCUUUCCCCAACUUCAUUUUUGAGUUAGAAUGAUGUGUUUCAGGACAUACAGUGAACUUUAACAGCCACAGGAAUAGAGACAUGAGCUGGAAGCCCAUUGCCAUUGACUAGUAAUCAAGAUGGGAUCUAGAAUGAAAGGGCUGGAGUUUGGGGCUGUCAUUUGGAGCUGCGUUUUGCUGCUGCUUCCUUUGCCAAGUGGGAGUGUGCAGCCCUCAUGUCCAAUAGAAACAGUGAGAACAGAGCUACAAAGUCCAAAUUUAACAGCUUCCCAACUGACCUUCAAUAGCGCCUUUAUAUCUCCUAUUGUAAAUUCUUUCCUGAGCUCUGUCCAACCCAAUCCUUUUCCUAAAGAUCUGGUGGUUAGAAUGAUACAAGACAAAAGUGUAAUCACACAAGGAGACACAGUUAAAGAGGUUUUGCGAUACGAGAUAGGUUUCUUGGUCUGCGUGGCCAUUGGGAUUCUCUACAUCGUCCUCAUGCCACUAACUGGCCUAAUCUUUGCCUGCUGUCGUUGCUGUGGUAACUGUGGGGGCCGCAUGUACCAGGAACAGAAAGCGAGAAUCCAUUGCAAGCGGAAAAGCUUUUAUUGGUCCACAUUUUUCAUCACUACACUAAUUAUGGCUGGAAAUGUUUGCAUGUUCCUUGGCAGUACAUACACUUCAGAGACUGUGAUGCACAGCUCCAGUGAAGUCAACAACAUAUUGGAACAUCUCAAAGGCUAUCUUGCCUCUGUUCCAAAGCAAAUCCAACAAGUGAUGGAUGAGAGCUCCAAGACCAUGGAUAAGGUCAAAUAUAACUUAAAUGAAAUUGGGCCUUUGCUUGGCAAAUUGAUCCAGAAUGGUCUUGAAGGUCCCCUUAACCCAGCACUGAACUCCAUUACCGAAAUAGCUCAAGUGAUAAACAGCACCAGUGUUGGACUGCUGCAGUUUAAUAAGACUUUGGAGCAGCUGAAACCAAAGGUGGAUGAGCUAACUGUUAAUUUAUCUGCAUUGUCGCAGCGCAUUAAUACCACUCUACACAAGUCAGAUUGUGUAAACUGCACUUCCCUUCAGCCAGAACUGGACAAACUAUCUGUGGAUGUAAAUCUUGAUUUUCCUGAUCAAAAUGACCUGAGGUCUGCUGUGAACAAGGCAGAGAAUGCUGACGUUAUUGGACAGGCAAAUAAGGGGAGAGACUUCACUGACAGCAUUCCACAGAAGGUGAGAAAUGAGACCAGGCAAAGUGUGCAGAUGGCUCUAUUGGAGCUUGAAAAAUUAAAAAUCCAGAUCUCAGGCAUAUCUAAAGACCUUCCUCUUGAUGCACUGAAGAAUAUCUCAGGCCCAUUAACUGACGUGCAGGAAUCUAUUUCUAAUUAUUCUCCACAGUUUGAGCUGUCAAGUAAAAUCAGCCGGGCUGUUGGAUUGAUUCUGAGCUGUCUGAUCUUGCUGGUGGUGGUGUGUAAUUUGUUGGGUCUGCUGCUGGGUCCGGUUGGACUACAGCCCAAAGAUAACCCCACCGAGCGCUCCUGCACAUCCAACUGUGGAGGAAUAUUCUUCAUGAUAGGAGUAGCUUUCAGCUUCCUGGUCUCUUGGAUCUUUAUGAUAGUGGUGCUGAUACUUUUCGUAGUAGGAGGAAAUACUUACAGCCUUGUCUGUAAACCAUGGGAGAACAAUGAACUCAUCAAGAUUGUUGAUACUCCAGGGCUGAUCCAAGGAUUUGACUUGGCUAGUACUCUGAAUUUGAAGACAAACCUGACAAUUGUUAAUGUGUACAAUGAUUGCAAAAUGAAUAAGCCUUUAUGGACCACACUUCAUCUGAAUGAGCUUAUUGACCUAAAUAGUAUUUUAAAUAUUUCACAGUACACUGGGCAGAUCUAUCAGACCUUUGACAAGACUCAAAUCAACAUAGCAAAUAUCACAAUCCUCACUCCGGAGAUAAAGUCCCAGCUACGCAACUUCUCUGGUAGCGCAAGCACUAUGAACUUUAGCAGCAUCAUGCAGCAAAUCACUAAUGUUUCAGAGACUAAUUUGAACUUAGUUGCAGAAACUUUGGAUGUCUUGGCUUCCGAACAGAGCAACCAAAAUAUCACAAAUGAACUGCGUGGGGAAGCACGAGACCUGCGAGACCUCCAGACUGGGAUUACAUCUACCAUUAUGCCCUUGCUGCUGGAGCUGAACUCCACCAUUAAGAAUCUCAGUGGAAUAGCCGCACAAAUCAAUGCAACUGUGGAGAAUGUUCUCAUGAAAGUUGGCUAUGCCCAGGACGUCCUGAACUACAACAUAUCACAAAUAGUGAAAAGUAUGAGCAGGACAUUCAUAGACUGUCAAUUGGAAAUUUUUCUGGCAUACAUUCAGUGGGCAAACCAAACGAUUACAGAGAAGGUGGGUCGCUGUGGGACUGCAGCUGAUGCAGUAGAAAGAUCAGCAAAGUUGAUCUGUACUCACUUUGUGGCGGCUUUGAAUUCCUUUUGGUUCAGUUUGGGCUGGUGUAUGCUAUUCCUCAUCCCCAGCAUCAUUUUCUCAGUUAAGCUGGCAAAAUUCUACCGCAAGAUGAAGUAUGCAGAUGUUUAUGAAAACAACCACAUCAUGAUGAAUCCUUUUCCCAGGGCUCAACUCAAAUCUCCAACAAUGGAAAAUGGGAAACAACCCACGUACUUAUAUAAUUAAAUAAUAAUAAUACAAAUAAUAAAAUCUGUGAGUUUGACUCAAAACAAAUCCACACACACACCUAAAUUUGAGAGUUUAGAAUUCCAGUUAUGUCUUUUUUAUUAUGAGUAUUUCUCUGUACAGUGCUGCCCUACAAAGGCAAAACACACUGAAGCUGAGAAAAUGGCUUCAGUUAUUGGUUUUAAUGUAGUUACUGGACAUUUUUUUUCUCUGAAUCUGAGUAUAGUAGAGCCAAAACCUGCAUAGUCUACAUUUUGACAAAAUGUGUAGUUACUGCAUUUUGCCUUUGCUCUGCAGACAAUGAAUGUAGGUAGUAACAUAAUGCCAGAGAAGGAACUUCUAGUGCAGUGCAAUAUAUCUUGAUUUCUUGUGUCAAAAAACAUUUUAGCAUUUAAUGUUUAUGUUUAAUGAAAAUUACAAAUUGUUACUACUGUAUUAUUAUUAUUAUGUUUUUUUUGUAUUGUUUUGUAUUGUAAGGCAAUCAUGUGAGUUCAGGUUUUAGAAAGCACUUUAUGUGGUCCUGCAGGCAAGGGAUUUAUUCAUGCCAUCUUUUCAGUAAGAAAUAUGGAUAUGCUGUUUAGGACAUACAACUGACAUAGUGAAUUUGAAUAUGUUAUGUUCUCUUUUUUUUUUUUUUAAGACAACAAAAAAUUUCCAUCAGAUGACUGUUUUAAUUAGGAAUUCUUAAACUAACUAGACAGUUAAUCAAUAACUGUGCUAUCACCUCUCUUUGAAGAGGUACGGUCUUGUAAAACAUUUCUAUCCAGGAUUAACCACAACUCUUUGUUUGUAAUAAAGGUGCUCACACUAC